AUGAAGAUAGAUAAUGAAAGGCCUUACCAUACCAAUGCUUUUCAUGAGCUUUUAGGCAGUGGCGGCCCUAAAGUAGACGGUGAAUCUGAAAGGGAAACUAAGGACAAUCUUUUGGAAGAUAAAAUGGUUGAACAGACCAAUUCAUCAGAACAUGGUUUUGUGAAAGCUGAGCAUGAGAAGGGAGGUAAAACCAGACAAAUACGGAUCGAGGAUGUUUCUUAUGACAAGGAUGUUGUUGAGAUCAGCCUGCCAAGUUCUGUGGUUUCUUCGGAUUAUGGUGGGCAUUUUGUCAAGGAUGUCUGCAUUGAUGAGGGAGUGCUUGCUGAUCAAAAGGGUUCUGGAGAGAAGGUAGUAAGUGAAAAGGUGUGCCCAAUCUUUGAUUCUUCAAUGGCCGAUGCAAAUGGUGAUCUGAAGGAAGACAUAAGAGUUGAUCCUGUGAAAACUGCACAUAAGUCACAGAUAGUUCCCCUUCAUGUCGUGCAUGCUACUGAUGGUAAUACUAUGGAAGAAAUAAGAGCCGAUCCUUUGAAAACUGAACAUGAAUCAGAGUCACAAAUUGUUACCCUACAUGUUCCAUGUGCUACUGAUGGUAAUAAGAUGGAACAAUAUUCUUCUGGCGAAGCACAUGAUCUUGAAGGCAACAAGACUACAGAUGAAUUUACCAAUGUAAACGAUGAGAAAUCAAGUCCUAGACAGUUACCAAGUCAUGAAGCUGCAAAACAGUGCCAGCAGGUGGGCACAGUAAUUUCUGAGACCUGUGAAACUCACAAGCCAUUUUGCGAUGGAGAAGCAAUUGAUGAGGUAGCAUCAAAUGAUUGUCAUGAAACUGGAUCUAGUACUGCACCAGAGUCCAGUUCCCUCAGUGGUUUACCAGUUGAAUCAACUUCUGAUGGGCUAUCAGCUGCAAUUCCUGAAGAAGAUGGUGCAGAAUUAGAUAACAGAGGAUUGAAUCCAGCUAAUCACUACAACCCUUUUAUCGCCUACGGAUCUUUAGAGGACACAUGGGAAUCCAAGUACGCUCUACCUACCAUUGUCGACGAUGUUUCUGUUGUACCCAUGUGUCCUGUUGGAAAGACAGAUAGUUUCAGUGAUAUUGUCAACGGUGGCGCACUGGGAGGUUUUGAUUAUGUUGAGACAGCUGAAUCCAGAAUUGGAGACAGUAGUAGGUUAGAUUCUGUUGGAGCACGUUCAAGCAGGCUGGGAGUCCAAGCAUCUGAAGAGAGCCAUGAUCAAGGAGGUCUUGUCGAAAGAACAGAUAGUUUUAGUGACAUCAUCAAGGGUGCACCAGGUAGAUUUGAUUCUGUUGCAGCAGAUGAAACCAGAAUCAAACACAAUAGACUAGAUUCUAUAGAAGAAAGUUCAGGCAGGUUGGAUGUCCAAGCAUCUGAAGAGAGCAGUGAUCAGAGAGAUGUCGGUAACAAGAUGAGAAUUGAUGGAGCACAUGGUGCAGAGCCUAGUGAUGUCAAGAGUGAGAACCAUCCGAAGUGCGAGACCGGUGCUGUCGAAGAUGAACAUGACUUCAACCCAAGAGACAUGGGGGAUGGCACAAAGACAAGGGAGGAAAGCAACGGCGGCGAAGAGAGCUCUACGGUUUCGCAAACGGAGUCGGCGGUACAGCAGAAUGGACCUGAUGGCGCAAAGUUGACGACUCGGGGCGGCAUUCGCAACCCCUUUGAGUCGAGCUUCUCUGGAGCAAACAUCACGCUGGACGCGGUAGCGCCCUCUGCUCACAUUGGCAACACUUCUCUUCGUUCGGAUAGCAGCACGACGAGUACUCGGUCCUUCGCAUUCCCAGUGCUACAGGCAGAGUGGAACAGCAGCCCGGUGAGGAUGGCAAAGGCGGACCGCAGGCGUUUCAGGCGAGACCGGGGCUGGGGUUACAGGGUCCUCUGCUGUAAAUUCUGA